UGUAAGUGUGUCUGUAUUGGGAGAUUUACAUGUAGUUCUUUGACUUUUAGAAAUUAAGGGAGUAUUGAAGGGAGGAAGUAUUGGUCAUCAUAUCAUCUCAAGCUAAGAGAUUAAAGAAAAAUGGUGAGCAGUUGGGUCGUUUCUACUUCUGCUAAGAGGUUGGAAGGAAAAGUAGCAAUAAUUACUGGUGGUAUUGGUGGCAUCGGAUGUAGGAUCGCACAGCUAUUCUCUCAACAUGGUGCCAAAGUAGUAAUAGCCGACACCAGAGAUGAUGAAAGCCAAUCUAUCUGCAAAGAUUUAGGUGGUGGCAACUCUUUCUUUGUUCACUGUGAUGUGACAAGAGAGUCAGACGUCGAAAACGCAGUGAACAAAGCAGUCUCCACCCAUGGAAGGCUUGACAUAAUGGUGAACAAUGCAGGCAUCUUGGGAGCCAAGGUAUCCGGCAUUCUUGAUUGCGAUGCCACUGAUUUUGUCAAUGUGUUUCGUGUUAACACCCUCGGUGCAUUUCUGGGAACGAAACACGCUGCUCGUGUGAUGAAACCCAUGCAAAGGGGGAGCAUAAUAAACACAGCUAGUGUUGCUGGUGUUAUGGGUUUUCCACAUGCUUAUACGUGCUACGCCAUUGUUGGCCUGACUAAGAACACUGCCCUCGACCUGGGCCGAUACGGCAUCCGAGUCAACUGUGUUUCGCCUUCUGCAGUUCCUACACGUACAGAUGGCAAGGGAGUAUUUUGGGUUGUCAGAGGAUGACAAAUUUGAGGUGUAUUCAAGCCUUAAAGGUGUGGAUUUGAUGGCAGAGGAUGUUGCAGAGGCUGUUCUUUAUCUUGCAAGUGAUGAGUCCAAGUAUGUGAGUGGC